CAAAACUCCCGUACAACUUUUAGCCCGGAUUAACGUAAUGGGAAAAGACAAGGGAGUCAAGAGACGACAUGCAGGCCUUGCAGACCAAUUAAUGCAAGAAGAUCGUGUUAAGCCUUUGAAACGAGCAAAGCCUAGUCAAAGAAAGCAGGAAAAGAAUGACUCUGAUUUUGUAGAAGGAAAGCUUUCAGUUAGAAUUCUAGAUCAGGCUCGUCAACAACAGGAUGAAUUGGAAGAAGAGUUUGGAUUGUGUGUAUCAAACAAGAAGAAGCACAGAGCACUUCUUUCUGGCAGUUCUGAGGCAGAUGCAGCAGCAAUUUCGGAUGACGAAGACCAGGAUAGUACAAAUGAGGAUGACUUCUACGAGCAUUUAGAGAUAAAUGAAGAAGAUGAGAAAGUGUUGGAGUCAUUUAUGCCUCAAGAAAUGACGGAGAGGAAAACACUUGCUGAUGCAAUAAUGGAAAAAAUCAGGGAUAAGGAAACAGAGUUGGCAUCUCACUUGUCAGAAAUAUCAAUAGUCAGAGGGCAUUCAAUAGAUGAGAGAGUUGUCCAUGUGUACAAAGGAGUUGGUCAAAUAUUAGCUAACUACAGAAGUGGUAAACUUCCUAAAGCCUUCAAAUUUAUUCCAUCUUUGGCCAAUUGGGAAGAGGUUCUGCAUUUGACUGAUCCGGACAAGUGGACAGCUGCAUCCAUGUAUCAAGGCACUCGAAUAUUUGCUUCCAACCUCAAUGGGAAGAUGGCACAAAGAUUUUACAACUUGGUACUCCUUCCUCGAAUUCGUGAUGAUAUCGCUGAAUAUAAGAAGUUGAAUCCUCAUCUAUACAUGGCUUUGAAGAAGGCAUUAUUCAAACCGGCAGCAUUCUUUAAGGGCAUUCUGCUGCCUCUUUGCGAGUCAGGUACUUGUACCCUAAGAGAGGCUGUUAUUAUUGGAAGUGUACUAAGUAAAACCAGCAUUCCUGUACUUCAUUCUGCUGCAGCUCUUCUUAAAAUAGCAGAAAUGGACUAUUCAGGUGCCAACAGCAUUUUUAUGCGAAUUUUACUUGACAAGAAAUAUGCUCUGCCAUUCAGAGUAGUAGAUGCAGUUGUUUAUCAUUUCCUAAGGUUUGUAGGUGACUCUAGGACUCUGCCAGUCCUCUGGCAUCAGUGUUUUCUCACUUUUGUACAACGAUAUAAGUUAGAUAUCUCUGCCGACCAAAAGGAAGCAUUGUUAGAUGUACUCAAAGCCCAUACACAUGAAAAAAUAACUCCAGAAAUCAGACGUGAAAUAGUAAAUUCUACAUCAAGAUCACGGAAAGAUGACAAGGUCACUAUGGAGACUUAAGAAACUGAUUAUGUAUUACAAAGUACAACUAUAAUACUAAAUUUUAAGAGUUUCUG